UGUGUACAAACAUGGUGUUGGAGUCAUUCUCAUCCUUAUUUAUUCAUGUAUUGUGGUGUGGUCUCCCAACCCCCCCUUCACUUGCACUCCUUGCAUUGGGCUUGCUCUCCACACACACACACACUCUCUCUCUCUCUCUCUUUCUUACCACAGCAAGCCUUAGCCAUGGAUAUCGAGCAGACUCAGGAUGGGAAGAGCAGCCUAAACAGCGGCUCCAACCCCGACCAUGCGGUCGUGGAGCCCGUACGCUCGCGAUGGACCCCAAAGCCGGAGCAGGUACUCAUACUCGAGUCCAUCUUCAACAGCGGCAUGGUCAAUCCGCCCAAGGAGGAGACGGUCAGGAUCCGAAAGCUGUUGGAGAAAUUUGGCGCGGUUGCCGAUGCCAACGUCUUCUACUGGUUCCAGAACCGGCGGUCGAGGUCUCGUCGUCGCCAGCGCCAGCUGCAGGCUGGCCUUGCGGCCGAUCCGGGUGCUGCGGCGGCGGCCUCAUGCCAUUUCGGUACCGCUGUGUUGCAGGAACCAGCUUCAUCGUGCUCCUUUGUCACUUCGCCCAGUAGUUCUACCGGAGGCUUCUUUCCUAGCUCUUCUUAUGCUUCUUCUUGUUCUUCGUCCUCCUACGCUAGCUUUGUGGGUGGCGACAGUGUCGAUGAUCUCUUCUCGAUCUCUCGCCACAUGGGCAUCGCAAAGAGCACUCAGAAUCCUUUCGAGUGCUGCUCUUCGGAUGCCCCGCAGUUACAAUAUCAACCAGGAGAUUGCUUCUCAAGUAGUAAGCGUGGUGUUUGCUUGAUCAAAUCCACUAGAUUCAUGGAUGCAGGGACGAUCAUGGUGUUCAUCAAUGGGGUCCUCUCCGAGGUGCCGAGGGGUGCAUUUGACUUGAGAGCAAUGUUUGGUCACAAUGUGAUGCUUGUGCACUCUUCCGGAGAGCUUCUUCCUGUCAAUGAGUAUGGAUUCCUAAUGCAGAGCUUGCAAAUGGGUGAAAGUUACUUCUUGGUUUCUUCACCUACUUAGCCCGACUCCCAUUACAUCUGCCCUGGCCAAGAGGUGGUAGUUCAUAUCACUAGCCACUCGAAAGCAUGAAUACGGACGAAGCUGUUGUACAAUUGCACUGGUAGCAAUCGAAGUACUGAGGACUUGAUGAUCACUGAAUUGAGGACAUCAUUUGAUGUCCAAAUUAGUAGUUACCAUAUGGACAGAGAUAUGUUGUAAUCCUGCACUGGUGUACUCUAGGAGGUUGUGGCUUCAAUGGAAAUUGGAUUGAUAAAAUCAGAAUAAAUUUGUAUUUUGUGAA